ACAAAAACGGCAAGAAAUUCAAGAGAAGAGGUUGUUUUAAAAUUUAAAAAUUUAUAGUUAGUCCUAGUCGUCCUAGUUAGUAAGUGGAAUUAUACAGAUUUAGAAAUAAUACUUUAUCUUAAAUAUCAAUUAAAUCUUUAUCAAAAUGACUGGACGUGCAAUGCCCUUGAAGUCAAAAAAACGGGCCAAGCCCAAAACCAAAAGUGAAAGAUCAGGGUUGAUGUUCCCAGUGGGAAGAAUCAACAGGAUCCUACGUCAUGGUAAUUUCGCCCCUCGAGUCGGCAGCGGCGCUUCAAUAUACCUGGCAGCCGUGCUGGAGUACCUGGCUGCUGAGAUCCUGGAGCUGGCUGGAAACGCAGCUAAAGAAAACGGCAAAUCUAGAAUAACCCCACGACACAUACUGCUGGCGAUUCGCAACGACGACGAGCUGGACUUGUUGCUGAGCGACGUCACCAUAUCUACAGGGGGCGUGCUUCCUCACAUUCAACCUCAACUGCUGCCCAGAAAAACGUUAAGAGAACAUCAAAAAAGUCAACAACAAAACACUUCGUCCCAGGAAUAUUAAACAACAUUAAUUAAUUAAUCAGAAACAAGAAUCAGAAUCAGAAUUUAUUUAAU